AAUUCUGCCUUACAUUGGAAGCCGCUGCUAAUGCAAGUUCGUCUGUUUAACAAUGGGCGUGCCGUCAAAGGGACUCUUUUAAUUAACAAACAGAUUGGGCCAGGGAAAAUUCAGGUUAGACCUUCAAUGAUAAAAGUCGAGAAAGAUCCAAGACUUUUGGCUACGUCCACGUUUAACUCAUUAGAGAUAGUUGCAAUUAGCCACAAACCAAGGAGGUCUUAUUUGUCAAAAUAUUUGAUUGCUCUGUUGAGCUACGGAGGAGUCCCUGAAGAGUAUUUUUUGUCUAUAAUGGAAGGUGCUUUGGAAGAGACAAAAACCAUAUACACCAACAGAAGAGCAGCACUUAAAGCCGCUGUGAAAUAUGGAGAAAUGGAUUAUGAGUUCACAACAGCUAAGAUUAUCUCAUCUGGGGUGCCAUUGAAUGAACCUUAUGUCCAUUCUUGUUUAUCCAGACUGGCAAACAUGGAAAAAGACCAGAUUAGAAGAGGAAAACUUCCAAUAGCAAACAGUUAUUACCUAAUGGGAACAGCUGAUCCUACUGGGAUGUUAAACAGUGAUGAAGUUUGUAUUAUCCUUGAGAAUGGUCAUGUUACUGGGAAGGUGUUGGUGUACAAAAGUCCGGGUCUUCACUUUGGGGAUAUACACAUCAUGACUGCUAGAUAUGUACAAGAACUGGACCAUAUUGUUGGUAAUGCUAAAUAUGCAAUCUUCUUCUCAACAAAAGGACCAAGAUCAAUUGCUAAUGAAAUUGCAAGUAGUGAUUUUGAUGGUGACAUGUAUUGGGUUUCAAUGAAUCCUCAGCUAUUGAAUUACUAUAAGGCAAGUGAACCGUGGAGUCCUCUCUAUGUAAUGCCAAAAGCAGUUGGUAGAAGGCCCUCUGAGUUUACACCUAAUGAGUUGGAGUAUGAACUUCUCCGAACAUUCUUAGAAGGAAAGAAAUCAGGCAACAAUAUGGCACUGGCAGCAGAUAGUUGGCUAGCAUGUAUGGAUCGGUUUUUGACAUUGGGCAAUAGUUUUACUCAGGAGAAGGUUGAUUUGAGAAGAAAGAUGCUUCACUUAAUUGACCUGUACUAUGAAGCAUUAGAUGCAUCCAAAACUGGAAAGAAGGUCAACAUCCCUCCAGAGUUGAAGCCAGAAAAGUAUCCACAUUACAUGGAGAGGAUACCUAGUUACGACUCUACAUCUGUUCUUGGUAAACUUUACAACUACAGAGAAUCAUCCAAGGCUGAAGAAAGUACUCGAAUCGAGAUUGGAAAACUGCCAUGUUUUGAUGUUGAAGUUCCGGAUGCGUGUUUGGUCCUUUGGGGAGAAAGGUAUCACAAACACUAUUUACCAGAAAUGACAGAAGCCAUGGGCUGUGGACCUUGUGGCUCUGAAGUAAGAAAUGGUGCUGCAAAUGAUGUAAUCAAGAAAUACAAGCAGUUGCUGUACGACGCUUCUGACUUCGAAGACAGCGCGAGAAAGAUUGAUGAAAUCUUCAACGAAGCGUUGGCAAUUUAUAACGUGUGUUAUGAUUAUGCAAAGAGGUUUAAUGAUGUGAAGAAAUGCAGCUUUGCAUGGAGAGUAGCUGGUUCUGCACUUUGCAAAUAUCAUGCACUUAAGCAAAAGGGAAGACCCUUUCUCAUUUUACCAUCCAUUUUGCAGGAUAUUUUGUGAUGGUCAAGCAUGGGGUAUUUAUUCUACUUUGGAUAUGGUAGAUUUCAUUUUACUUUUAGGUUCGGUUUGGCACACGGAAUUGAUAAAAUUGGAAUUGAAUUGAGGGUUGGAAAUUCUCUGGAAUUGAUUUAGAUGGAAUGGAAUUCUCCAAUUCCAAUACAUUUUUGGCACUACCAAUUCCAAAUCCACAUAUUUUUGUAAAUUGAAAUUGUUGUUUCCAAUUCCAAUUCCAUCAUUUGAAUUCUGUAUACCAAACGAACAUUUACUGUACUUUAAUGUAAUUGUAUAAUUAAUUGUAAAAUGCUAAUAUGUAGCCAUGUAGGUUGAUAUCGACUGUAAAAUACCAAGCUGUAGGUUAACAGAUGCAAGGGUUAAUAAUAAUGCAUGUUAAGGUUG